ACAACAUGGCCGCUACCACUACCACCGGCGCUGGCGCCAAGCCCGUCAUUGCCGUCCCCUUCUACUCGAUGUACGGCCACAUCGCCACGCUCGCCGAGGAGGUGAUCGCGGGCAUUGAGGCGGCGGGCGGCAUCGCCAAGCCCUACUUCAUCGCCGAGACGCUCCCCGCCGAGGUCCUCGAGAAGAUGCACGCCGGCGCCUCGCUCAAGCCCAAGUACCCGCUUCUCGAGCCCGCGCACCUGACCGAGGUCGACGGUUUCAUCUUUGGCAUUCCCACGCGCUACGGCCGUGCCCCCGCGCAGGUCUCCGCCUUCUUCGACAAGACCGGCGGCCUUUGGGCCUCGCAGGCCCUCAACGGCAAGUACGCCGCGACGUUUACCUCGACUGCGUCGCAGCACGGCGGCCAGGAGCUCACGCACCUCACGACCAUGCCCUUCUUCGUGCACCACGGCUGCAUCUACGUCCCCAUCGGCUACAAGGAGCCCUACCUCUCCGACAACGGCGAGGUGCACGGCGCCUCGCCGUGGGGUGUCUCGACCGUCGCGAACGGCGACGGCAGCCGCGUCCCCACCGAGGGCGAGAAGCGUGUCGCCCGCUUCCAGGGCGAGCACUUCACCAAGAUCGUCGCGCAGGCCGUCCGCGGCCGUCAGUAAGUCGCCGCGUGUGAUAGGAGGGGGUCAAGAGACCCAGGAAGCCCAGCCAGCCCAGAGUCAGCGAGGGGGCACGUAGUAUGCAACAACAUCUGUACAGCCCUCUCGCGCCCGGCCGAUCCAACCCUCCACUGAGCACCCGUUGACUCUCUUGACGCCCUGACAUCCGCUGACAACAGCCUUCUCGCAGCCGACGCCGCUGCUGGGGCGGGUCACGCCGCCGUUGGGACGAGCCAGACCGCCGCAGCCCAGCCGGGCCAGACCGUCGCGGGUGCCGGGACUGCCGCGGGUGCUGGUGCU